AUGAUCCCAAGUAGUAUUGAUCCUGCUCGCGCCUCCCGUCUAUUGAAGGUCUUCAGGGAUGUCACCAAAGGCGGCAAAGCAAUUUCCACGGCCGGCGAAGCACGUCUGUUCCUCGAGGCUGUUCGAACGAACGCCUCUCCCGCUGCCUGCCUGGAGAUCAUCACGGCUACCGAAGUUGCACGCAAUGCCAUUAGCAACAGCAUCCGCAUCGAUUCGUCAAUCUCUUUCAUACGAGCACACGUCUUUCCGUUCAUCGUUUAUUUUAGCGACCCUGGGGUGAAGAUGGUGUAUGGUGGCCAACUCCUUCAUCAAGUCCUACUCCUCAUCGCCCACCCCCCAGUCCUUUGGGGAAACCUCUUGAAUGCUUUCCGAGAGUCGCAACUCACCGAAGAUGAGCUUCAAGUCUUUGCGUGGCUCUGCCUCGAGCUUGCUAGUCUACCUGACAGCGCACUCGAUAAUAUCGUCAAGGAAAUGUCCAUCGCCUUGAGCCAGAAGCAGUUUCAGGAGGCUCGCAACCACGGGACUCGCGAGCUCAUCUACAGAAUCAGAAAGGUUCUUGCUCUCAGGUUGGCGUCUUCGGGCGACGAGAAUCUUGAGGCAGCUGGUGGUCGCCAUGACAACGACUUUUCGAACUUUCGGGAUGUUUCGAUCUUUCCAACCAGUGAUGAAUUCUACUCCAAUGCAAAGCCUUUCUACCGAACGGCAGCCGAGGUUGCUACUGCAGAUCACCUCCAGCGACCGCGAUUUCAUCUGGAUAACCAGUUCCGUCUUCUCCGUGAGGACAUGCUGGGCGAACUCCGUGAUGAUUUGAAAGUAGCCAUUGGAAGAAAGAAGAGCAAGAAGAGGGCCCAGAUAUUUUCGGGAUUGUUGCCCAUCGAAAUUGACACCGGAGAUGAGAGGCGAAGUCAUGCUUGUGCGGUCUCGCUUACAUGCUUCGGGGGACUGGAGUUCAUGAAGAAGCUAUCAUCGACCAAGUGCAAGGCCUUCUUCGACGAUAAUAGGAACUUCCUUCGACACCAGUCUUUCGGAGCCUUAUGUGGCGAAGAUCACAUUGUAGCGUUCGCGUUCUUGCUACGGGACGUGGACCAAUUGCUGAAGAAGCCUCCGGUCAUUACUCUGCAGUUCACCAGCAGCGAAGCCACUGCAAGAGCUUUGCAGGCACUUAAGCCGUCAAACAACCUCAAAUUCAUUCUUGUAGAUACUCCGGUGUUUGCAUAUCAGCCCGUUCUGGAGUGCCUCCGAGAAAUAACAGAGUUACCACUCGGAGAGAGCCUUCUGCGGCUUCCUACUGAUGAGACAAACCGGCCACAGGGCUCACUUCAGCAAUCCUCUUACGUCCAGGAGUAUGUCAGGCGACUAGAAAAGCUACUGAAAGAGGAAUCGCGUAGCCUUUCCUUAGGCAUGCAGACCUUUCGUCUCGAUGAUUCCCAGGUUCAAUCAUUACUGCAUGCGUUACAGAGCCCUGUGACACUCAUUCAAGGCCCUCCUGGAACCGGCAAAUCGUUUGUUGGCGCUCUGGCAGCAAAGAUACUGCUUGGAGACCCGGAAAAACGGAUUCUAGUGCUUAGCUAUACCAACCAUGCACUGGAUCAGUUUCUCGAAGAUCUGAUGGAAAUUGGCAUCUCGUCCGGUGAUAUGGUUCGCUUAGGAUCGAAGUCGACCGACGCAACUUCGGGGCUGUCAUUAGAGAAGCAGUUGCGAAGCUAUGCCUAUCGUCGGAAUAAUGCAACGUGGGAACACAUCAACGGCAUGAAGACAGAGAUGUAUGAAGUUCGGAUUGAGAUUGAAGCAGCAUGUGCCCUUCUCGUCCGGGAUAAGGUUGGGUCUUUAGAGGUCUUGAACUUCCUCGAGUUUUCCGACGACGAUCAGACAUUCUACGAAGCUUUUCUGUUACCCGAGCAAGAGAGAGGGUUCCAACUCGUAGGUAAGGACAAGGGCGUCAUGGGCCCCGACUAUCUACUGGGACGCUGGAUUACGGGGCAAGAUGCCGGCGAACUCUGGCACUUCGUAUCGUCCGAAAGCCAGGAUAUCUGGCACUUGUCAAAGACCCAGAGAUCUGUCCACGUCCAACGAUGGGUUGAUUGCAUUCGAAAGGAAAGGAUCGAAUCAGUGCAGAACUUGAUCAAGAGGUUUGACGAGGCCCAGGAGCAAGUGGAGAGAAUAUUUAGCGAGUCCAAAUCUUCUUUCAUGCAAACGAAGAAGAUCAUUGGAUGCACCACGACCGCGGCUGCCAUGUACAAGUCGCUGAUUAAGGCUGCCAAGCCCGAUGUCGUUUUGGUUGAAGAGGCUGGCGAAAUUCUCGAGGCUCAUGUUCUGACUGCUCUGCACAGCGACACGAAGCAGCUCAUAUUAAUCGGGGAUCAUAAACAACUGCGGCCCAAGAUCAAUAACUACGCGCUGAGUGUCGAAAAAGGAGACGGCUUCGACCUCAAUCGCUCGCUCUUUGAACGACUGAUUCUCCAGGGACACGACCACGUCACGCUCCAAAAGCAGCAUCGCAUGCAUCCCGACAUCUCGGAUCUUGUCCGGCAGAUGACGUACCCAGAUCUAUUGGACAGUGACAAAACCAAGGAUCGGAAGCCGCCCAAAGGAUUUCAAGGAAGAGUCAGCUUCGUUAACCACAGCCAUCCAGAGGACCUGGCCAGUAAUAUCGCCGAUCGCCGCGAUGUUGGUGUCGUCUCCAGCAGGAGCAAUCUCUAUGAAGCGCGAAUGGUUCUGAAGUUGGUAAAAUACUUCGGACAGCAAGGAUACGGCACGGAAAACCUGGUCGUUCUCACGCCCUAUCUGGGACAACUACGCCUGCUCAGAGAAAUCUUGGGUUCCGAGAACGACCCCUUGCUUAACGAUUUGGAUUCGUUUGAGCUCAUUUGUGCGGGACUCAUGACUGCCGCCGCAGGAAAAGUACCAGACGGAUCAGGAUCAGGAAGAAUCAGACUCUCAACCAUCGACAACUACCAGGGUGAAGAGAGCGACAUCGUCAUUGCUUCCCUCACCAGGAGCAACAACAACGGCGACAUCGGCUUCAUGAAGGCGCCUGAGCGUCUCAACGUUCUGUGUUCCCGCGCAAGGGAGUGCCUCAUUCUCAUAGGCAAUAUGGAGACCUUCAUGGCAUCUCCGCACGGCAAAGCAGUCUGGCUGCCUUUCUUCAGCUUAAUGAAGGAGAAGAACUAUCUACAUGAUGGCUUCGCAAUACGCUGCCAAAAACACCCUGAACGAACUGCACUGCUCACAGAACCAGAUGACUUUGAUACAAAGUGCCCUGAUGGUGGCUGUGACAAGGCUUGCAACGCCACGUUGUCUUGCAACAUACAUAAGUGCCUGCGGCGUUGCCAUAGACUCAGUGAUCACAGCAAGAUUCGUUGUCAUACAAGGCUCGCAAAGCACUGCGACAGAGGGCAUGAGUACAGCGUAGACUGCAACAACCAGGAUCAGAAAUGUGCUGUAUGCUUCAGGGAGGACGAGGAUACUCGAAGGCGCUUGAAACGCGACUUACAGAUGGAAAUGAAACGCAACCUUGCCCAAAAUAAAUACGCUCAAGACUUACAAAAGGUAGACGACGACUUGGAUCGCGAGAGAAGACUGAUAAAGAAUGAACAAGAGGAUCAGAAGCGGAGCAAGACUCUAAAAGAACACAUGGAAGAACUGAAAGCUCUCCAGCAGACUAGAGUUCGUGCUGAGGCAAUGAAGGCCAACCGAGAACCCCCAAAGAGUGUUCCGGGUGCUUUCCCGGAUGGAAGAAAACCUACGGCGAGUCCAGUUCUGAAAGCUGGAAGCGCAGAGGAAGAGUGGCAAAACUUGAAGACGAAAUUCGAAGCUAGCAGCAAUGCAAUGGAUCAACUCAUGAAGAUGAUUGGGCUCGAGAGCAUCAAAGAGAAUUUCCUCUCUAUAAAGUCCAAAGUCGACACGGCGGUGAGGCAGGGGAUUUCACUGUCAACGGAGAGGUUUGGCUGUUCUCUCUUGGGAAACCCCGGAACAGGCAAGACCACCGUAGCACGGAUCUAUGCCAAGUUCUUGGUGUCGGUGGGUGUCAUAGCCGGCAGUCGCUUCGAAGAGAGAUCUGGUUCGAAGUUGGCGUCUUUGGGCGUGCCUGGCUGUCAGAAGCUGUUAGAUGACGUUUUGAAUGACGGCGGCGGAGUGAUCUUUAUCGACGAGGCAUAUCAACUCUCCUCAGGUAAUAAUCCCGGUGGCCGCGCAGUUCUUGAUUUCCUGCUCGCGGAAGUUGAGAAUUACACCGGCAAGAUUGUGUUCGUUCUCGCUGGGUACAGUAAACAGAUGGAGUCCUUUUUUGCGCACAACCCUGGAUUUCCGAGUCGGUUCCCGAUUACGAUGAAGUUUGAAGACUACGACGGCGACGAGCUUCUGAAGAUCCUUCAGUACCAGAUGGACAAGAAGUAUGGAGGCCGCAUGAAGUGGGAAGAUGACCUCCACCUCCGCAUCGCAUGUAGUAGACUUGGUCGAGGGCGCGGAAAGGAGGGAUUUGGCAACGCACGAGCAGUCGAGAAUCUUCUUUCCAACGUGUCUAGUCGGCAGGCGAAUCGAAUUCGAAAGGUUCGUCGAGGUGGGGCAAGCCCAGAUGAUCUCCUUUUCACGAUGGAGGAUUUGGUUGGGCCGGAACCUUCAGUUGCCCUCGGGCACAGUAAAGCUUGGAUUGAAUUGCAGAAACUGAUUGGACUUGGUUCAGUCAAAGAAUCAGUCCGAGCCUUGAUCGAAAGCACCCAGACAAAUUAUGUCCGCGAGCUGGCAGAGGAACCCAUUAUCGAGUACUCGCUCAACAAAGUCUUCCUCGGCUCGCCGGGAACGGGGAAGACCACCGUGGCGAAGCUGUACGCACAGAUCCUCGUUGAUCUAGGUCUCUUAUCGAAUGGAGAGGUGAUCGUCAAAAACCCUGCAGACUUCGUAGGUGCUGUCCUGGGAGCCUCCGAGGCCCAGACCAAAGGCAUACUGGCGUCGACCGUCGGGAAGGUUCUCGUCAUCGAUGAGGCUUACGGACUAUAUGGAGGCAGUAGCUCAUCUGGGGGCAGUUCUGACCCCUACAAGACUGCCGUCGUAGAUAGCAUUGUUGCCGAGGUCCAAAGCGUUCCAGGAGAAGAUCGAUGCGUGCUCCUCCUGGGUUACAAGGACCAGAUGGAGGAGAUGUUCCAGAACGUCAACCCGGGCCUGAGUCGACGGUUUCCAUUGUCUUCCGCCUUCGUCUUUGAAGACUUCGACAAAGCAGAGAUGCAGAGAAUCCUGGACCUCAAACUCAAAUUACAAGGAUUCUCUGCUACCGACCAGGCCAAGCAAGUCGCUUCAGACAUGCUCGAAAGGGCGCGCAAUCGACCGAACUUUGGCAACGCCGGAGAAGUGGAUAUUCUACUAAACGACGCAAAGGCACGUCAUCAGCGACGAUUGACCGCCAAGGAAAGUCAUCAAGUCUCCACGCUCGAAGCGCUAGACUUUGACCAAGACUUUAAUCGCGCGGAACGGAACGAGACCAAUGUUGCAAAACUCUUCGAGGGGACCGUCGGUUGCGAGAAGAUUGUCGCUACGCUCGAGGGAUAUCAGGAGACUGUACGUUCCAUGAAGGCACUGGACAUGGACCCAAAAGAGAGUAUUCCUUUCAACUUCCUCUUCCGCGGCCCCCCGGGCACGGGCAAGACCUCAACAGCGAGAAAGAUGGGCAAAGUCUUCUACGACAUGGGAUUCUUGGCCAAGGCAGAAGUUAUUGACUGCUCUGCAUCCGAUCUCAUCGGCCAAUAUGUCGGCCAGACUGGCCCCAAAGUGCAACAACUCCUGGAUAAGGCUCUCGGAAAAGUGCUGUUCGUUGAGGAAGCCUAUCGUCUUGCCGAAGGACAGUUCGCCAAAGAGGCGAUUGAUGAGGUUGUCGACUCGGUGACGAAGGACAAGUACAAGAACCGCCUUGUGAUAAUAUUGGCUGGCUACGACGAAGACAUCAAUCGACUGCUUUCAGUGAACCCGGGCAUGUCAAGUCGGUUCCCAGAAGUCAUCGACUUCCACAGCCUUAGCUCCGAGAGUUGCUAUGAGCUUCUGCUGCAGCUUCUACUCAAGAAGAAGCGAUUCCUCGACAGCAAGAAAGCAUCUAACAACCUCGACUUGGCUUGCUUAUCAAACCCAUCGUCCGAUUUCCAGAGAGAAGUCAUCGGCAUAUUUCACGCGCUCACUGCAACCGUCGGCUGGGCCAGCGCUCGAGAUGUUGAAAGCCUCGCCAAUUCGAUUCUCAGCAUCGCGAUCAAGUCUUGUCGCGACGGACAGGUAAUGAUCGACGAAGAUCUUGUGAAGAAGGAAUUUCUCAGGAUGCUUGAUGAGCGCGAAAGCCGGGGACAGCAGGCGGGGACCAUUCGUGGCAUGCCCAAGCUCGAGCAAUUAUUCCAGCAGAUGCCACCCCCUCCUCAAACACGAAGCAUGCGAACAGUGGCACAUGAACAAACCACGGCUGAAGCCACAGACGAGGAAGCAGAACCCACACCUCCUGAGAGUCCGGUGGCGGAGGUCAGUGACGGGAGCUGGAAAGCAACACGCGACGCUGGUGUCAGUGAUGAGGUUUGGGAACAACUGGAGAAGGACAAGAAGGCUCAAGAAGAAAAGAAUACCAAAUAUCGAGACAUGCUCGAGAAAAAGCGCAGAGCAGUUGGUGCUGCUAGGGAGGCAAUUCUCAAAGAGCUUAUCGAGGAGGAAGAGCGGCGAAAGAAAGAAGAGGAGCAGCGUAAGAAGGCCGCGAUGAUGGGUCGAUGUCCCAUGAAUUUCGCUUGGAUCAAGCAGAGUGCUGGUUUCCGGUGUGCGGGAGGUUCACAUUUCAUUUCUGAUGAGGAGAUUAUUUGCACCUGA